CUUGAACCCUCUAGCUAAACGCUUUUAAACACUUUUUUCUUUUUUUCUUUUCCUGCUCUCGUCUUUUUUCCCUCCCUCCGUCCAUUUUUGAACCGAACCAUGGAAUCCCUCUCAGACACACAGUGGGAUGUAGUGAUCAGCGGCACGGGGCUCCAGCAAUCCCUCUUCGCCCUGGAAAGUGCGCUGUCGCGAUCUGGCAAGAACAUCCUCCACGUUGACCCCAACGAGUACUACGGCGAGGCGGAAGCCGUCCUGAGCCUGCAGGAGGUGGAUGAAUGGGCCGCGAACCACCAGUCUGCUCAAGGCGAUGGCGUGUUUGCAGCCGCGCAGGCCACUCGACCCGGUGGUGCCGAAAGCCUAUCGUCGUCUAGGGCCUACAGCCUCGCGCUGGCACCGCAGCUGAUCCAUACGCGCUCGGAGCUUCUUUCGAAGCUGGUGUCGUCGAAAGCGUUCCGCCAGCUUGAGUUCCUUGCCGUGGGGUCUUUUUACAUACUCCAGCCCAAGACUUCAGAGUCGUCGUCUACCCAUAGCCUGAGUCGCAUACCCUCGACCCGAGAAGAUGUAUUUACCAAUACGACUAUUUCGGCAAAGGCGAAGCGUGGGCUUAUGAAGUUCCUCAAGUUUGUGCUGGACUACGACUCUGAGCCGCAGGCUGAUGUGUGGAAGCCUCAUGCAAGUGACUCGCUGGCGAGUUUCCUGGCGACGGAGUUCAAGCUCGACGCCGAUCUGCAGGCAUACAUCAUUACUCUGACCUUGGGUCUUGAUGGCAAGAUUUCAACAGAAGCUGGCCUCGUUGCUAUCCAUCGCCAUCUCACAUCCAUGGGAGUGUUUGGCCCUGGCUUUGCAGCUGUUUACCCCAAAUGGGGAGGCCUUUCUGAAGUUGCCCAAGUGGGCUGCCGAGCUGGUGCUGUUGGUGGCGCCGUUUAUAUGCUUGGCGUUGGCAUCAAAGACGUUCAGAAAAUCUCCGCCGCCGCUGAAACGCCCGAGGAGUUCAAUGUCGUUCUGACCAACGAUAUGACUGUCAAGUCAAAGGCUAUAGUUAGGGCCCUGGGCAAGCCGGCAGGUGAAAGCCGCCGUCUUAGCAGGCUGACAGCGAUUGUCAACUCAGGCCUACCGUCAAUCUUUGAGACGGUGACCGAAGGUGCUCCGGUGCCAGCGGUUGCUGUGGUUGCAAUCCCUGCUGGCACCACCCUUGGCGAAGAUGGAGCCUCUUCUGAGUAUCCCAUCUACGCCCUAGUUCAUUCGAGUGAUGCGGGCGAAUGCCCUACUGGACAAUGUGUACUGUAUCUAAGCUCUCUCACAAGCCCAAAUGCCCAAACGCAUCUUGAGAAAGCCCUCUCAUCUCUUCUCACCUCUCUUUCGCAGAGUAGCGAAGAGUCCCCCAAGGUACUAUACCAGUUGUAUUAUGAACAAACUGGGGUUGAUGCUCCAUCUGUGGAAAUUGAUGGGCAAACAGCCGAAUUCUCUCUGCUGCCCUUGGAUCUUGCGUUCAAUGAUUCUGUACUGGAUUCUGUUAAGAGCGCUUGGGAGAUGAUUAACCUAAAUGCUACUGAUGAGGAACGUGCAGAGUAUCUGGUAUUCACAGAUCGGGAGGGAGCAGAUGCUGAAGAUGAAUUUGAUGAUUAAAUAGAAUAACUGGCGUUAAUAUACUAUUUUGUGUCCAUG